AUGUUUCCCUUGGCCAAAAACGCACAGAGUUGUCUCCAAGUUCGAAACAUUCAGCAAAACGCAAGGCAGAGCCACCAGAAACAGACACCCACUUUUCAUGACAAAUAUGGCAAUGCUAUACUAUCUAGUGGAGCCACUUUCUGCAUUGCUGUAUGGACAUACGCAGCAACACAAAUUGGAAUAGAAUGGAACCUGUCCCACUGCCAGUCACCCGAAAAGAAUGGUGAGAUCAGUAAUCAUCCCAGCUAG